GUCGGAUAGGCUACGAAAUGGCGGCUAGCGAGAUGGAAGAACGACAGCUUGAAGAGCGUCGACUGAAAGCCGAACUCUGGAAGGCUCUCCGCCGAAUGGUGCGAGACCAGGUCGACGAGGAGGAUGUCGACAUCACGCCCUCAUUCCUCAUUGCAAUGACUGAGAUGGUGUGGGAUCGCAUAGCUGAUACAACAGACGAUCUGAUCAUGUUUGCAAAGCAUGGACGGCACGCGCAGAUCCAGCCCUCGGACGUUUUGCUCCUUGGAAGGCGGAACGCGGGCCUUGAAUCGGUUCUGACGUUGUACAUGGAUAAUGACAGGCAGCAUGGAGCAUCGGAGGAUCAGCAGCAGCAGCAGCAGCAGCAGAAAGCCAAGGGCACCUCAGAACGAAAUUCGCAGCCGGGACGACGGAGAGACCGAGAUGACACCGACCGUGACGACGAUCUUGACCUUUCCGAACGCGAAGGGGAUAUCUGGGACCAAUUCCCUGAUUCCACCAAGGAUACGCAUGGCUAA